ACGUCGAUAGGCAGGUGCUUACUGCUUGAUUAGUUUAGGGUUCCGAUCUACUUGUAAAUUUUAAUGUUAAUCGUUUGAAUACUAUUUUAUUUUAUGUUACGAUUGAGUAUAAUACGUAUUGUUUAAAAUGUUGACAUUAUUUAGAACUUUGGCGGUCUCGUAGCUAAUCUUAUAUAUUAUAAUAUAGUUUGUGCAUUAUAAACCAUGACACAGUCCACUACAAAAACGGCAGUCCAUUCAUCGCAAAAUGAUGAACCCAAAGGGAAUUCAACAUGGUGGAUAUUGUUUAUAAUACUAACAGUUCUUUCAUUUGGGACUCGAUUAUAUAAAGUGGACGAGCCUGAUCAUGUUUGUUGGGAUGAAACGCAUUUUGGAAAAAUGGGAAGUUGGUACAUAAAUAGAACUUUUUUUUUCGAUGUGCAUCCUCCGUUGGGAAAGAUGUUAAUAGCUUUAUCUGGAGUUUUAACUGGAUAUAAUGGUAGUUUUCCAUUUGAAAAACCAGGUGACAAGUAUGAAGGAGUCAAUUACGUUGGAAUGCGAGAGUUUUGUACAAUUUUAGGAGGAGCUUUAAUUCCAUUCACUUUUGUAUCCAUUUGGGAAAUGACACAUUCAUUAAAUGCGGCAACUUUAUCAGCUUCUUUAGUAUUAUUUGACGUUGGGACAUUAACAUUAACUCAAUAUAUUUUGCUCGAUCCCAUACUACUAUUCUUUAUGUUAGCAUCAUUUGUGGGGAUUUGCAAAUUUCGGUCCUAUACUUCAUAUGAAUUUAGUGUUAAUUGGUGGUUUUGGUUAAUAUUUACUGGUGUAACCAUGGCCUGUUGUGUAUGUGUCAAGUUUGUUGGAUUAUUUCAAGUGACAUUCAUUGGAUUAAUGACAAUAGCUGAUCUAUGGUUUAUACUUGGAAAACUUUCAAAACCAAUAAGUUAUACUGUGAAACAUUUUGUAGCAAGGUUUAUUUGUCUUAUAAUUUUACCAAUAUUAGUGUAUGUUGGAUUUUUUUACAUACAUUUAUCUAUACUCAAUAAAAGUGGUAAUGGCGAUGGAUUCUAUAGUUCUGCUUUUCAAUCAAAAUUACAAGGCAAUUCAUUACACAAUGCUAGCAUGCCAAAAGAUGUAUCAUUUGGGGCAAUAAUAACAUUAAAAAAUCAUAGAACUGGUGGUGGAUAUUUACAUUCGCAUUGGCAUCUUUAUCCAGAGAAUGUUGGGGCCAAACAACAACAGAUUACUACCUAUGCACACAAGGAUGAAAAUAAUCGAUGGUUGGUAAAAUUUUACAAUGAUGAUGAAAAAAUAAGUAUCAAUGACACUGUAAGAUUUUUAAAACAUGGAGACAUGAUAAGACUGGAACAUGUACCGACAAGGCGAAAUUUACAUUCACACCGCGAACCAGCUCCAAUAACAAGGAAACAUUAUCAAGUCACUGGUUAUGGAGAGAAUGGUACUGGUGAUUACAAUGAUGUUUGGAAAGUAUUUGUUGAUGGUGGUUCAGAUGGUAAUGUUGUCUCUGCAGUAACAAGUAAAAUAAAAUUAGUUCAUGUUCUUCAACAUUGUGUGCUCACUACAAGCAACAAACAAUUGCCAAAAUGGGCGUUUGAACAACAUGAAGUCACGUGUAGCCCAAAUCUAAGGGAUACAAAUUCAUAUUGGAAUGUCGAAGAUAACAUAAAUCCUAAAUUACCGAAUGUCAGUUUUGAAGUAUAUUCCCCAAAUUUCCUUGCCAGAUUUAUUGAAUCACAUGCUGUCAUGUUCCAAGGGAAUGCCGGUCUCAAACCAAAAGAAGGAGAAGUGACGUCUAAACCUUGGCAAUGGCCAAUAAACUAUAAGGGACAAUUCUUUUCUGGCAACAAUUAUAAAAUUUAUUUACUUGGAAAUCCAGUUAUAUGGUGGGGAAAUAUAGUGGUUAUGUUAUUGUACAAUUUGAUUUCAAUUUGGAAAGCCAUAAUUAAUAAACGCAAGAGUAAUCAAAAUAAUGAAACUGUUGCAGAUUCUAAGCAGCAGUUACUGACUACAUGUAAUUGGCUAUUUAUUGGAUGGGGACUACACUAUAUACCAUUUUACGCAAUGGGAAGGGUUUUGUACUUCCAUCACUAUUUUUCAGCAUUUUUAUAUAGCUCAAUGUUAACAGGUGUAACAAUCGGUUAUUUAUUGGAAAUAAUCAAGACAUCAAAACCAACUCUUAUUCGGAAAACAAUUUAUGAUGGACUCAUUGGAUUCAUAUAUGCAUCAAUCAUCUUUAGUUUUUAUCUAUACUCUCCUCUUGCUUAUGGUAUGUCGGGACCCAUUUCAACAGAACAAAAUAGUACAAUGUUUGGAUUACGCUGGCUUGAUUCUUGGGAAUUUUAAAAUAUUACUACUUAAAAAAAGACUGCAAUUAUUAUUGUAUUUAACUUAUUUACUUAUGAACAAAUUUAUGUUAUAAUUGCAUAUGAUUUAUUUUAUUUAAUCAGUCAU